GUGUGGGUGCCGAAAAUGAGAAUUCCAGAAAUCCAGAGAGUCCCAAACUCCUGCAUCCCAAAAACCAGUUUCAAUUCGAUUUUGGAUUUUAAAGCGGGCGGAUCGAAAGAAACAGGCGGCGGAAUAAUCUAAACAAGUGGGAUAGAUAUAGAAUCUACCAAAAAUGAGCGGAGAGGAUUCAGCCGGCAUGGACUUUUCGCAGAAAACCCUUCAGGACUACGAAGUCUUGGCCGUGAUGGGCAACGGAUCCUUCGGCACCUGCUAUAAGGUGCGGGACAAGAGCACCGGAGAGCUUUUCGCCUGGAAGGGUAUGAACUACGACGAGCUGGAUGAGGCCAAGUGCGAGGACCUGGUUUCCGAGAUCAGUGUUCUGCGGCAACUGCAGCAUCCCAAUAUUGUGCAAUACUACCAUCACCUGGUCAACCGGGAGGCCAAGUCCGUAUAUAUUGUAAUGGAGUGUUGUGCCGGCGGCGAUCUCGCCCAGAUUGUCCAGCGAGCGAGAACACAGAGGAAGCGUUUUGAGGAGCCCUACAUCUGGCGGGUGCUCUUCCAACUCUGCCGGGCUCUCCAGGUGUGCCACAACAAAAUUCCCAAUGGCACCAUCCUUCAUCGUGACAUCAAGCCAGCCAAUAUCUUCCUGGAUGAGGCUGGCAAUGCCAAAUUGGGAGAUUUCGGUCUGGCCAGGAUGCUGCGACGGGAUCAGAGCUUCGCCGCCUCUUUUGUGGGCACGCCGCACUACAUGAGUCCGGAGCUGGUGAGGGGCAGGAAGUACGACCGGAAGAGCGACGUCUGGGCGGUGGGCUGUCUAGUCUACGAGAUGUGCGCUCUGCGGCCACCGUUUCGCGGACGAGCCUUUGACCAGCUGUCCGAGAAAAUCGCCCAGGGCGAAUUCAGCCGGAUUCCCGCGAUCUACAGUGCCGAUUUGCAGGAGAUCAUCGCCUUUAUGCUGGCCGUGGAUCAUGAACAGCGUCCCGGCAUCGAGGUCAUCAUUCGGCAUCCAUUGGUGGUGCGUAACAUCAGCGAGCUGGAUGGCAAGUUUCCAAGUCUAAUUGAGGCAGGCGAGGAUUUCUACACGCUGCCCACCGGCGGCAGACUCUUCGAGGACGAGCAGGAUGAGGAGGUGCCGCCAGAAUUAUCCAGUACUCUGUUUACAGAGCAGUACAGCUUCAAUGAAGGCUAUGGCCAAAGAAGACUGAGUGUCACGGGUGUUUUUACCCCAGAUUUAAGGAGUGAACUCUUCUACUCUGCCAAGCGAAAAAUCUUUCCCCCCAAGAAGCUUCAGCUAUCGGAUCCCGCUUUGUAUGAAAGUAUAAGAAGAGAAGAGCGAGCGGAGGAGAGACAGGUGGAACAGGAGCAAGAGCGGCGACGAACAAAGGAUCAGCAGGAGCAGCAGAAGCGGGUUCAGGAUAGCCUAAGCAAGGAUCAUUUUACGGAGGCUACUAGCAGUCCGCGUGCUCUCACCCAGAAUAUUUUCGAUGAGGUGCUCAAGACCCGUCUCCAUGCCAUUCGCGCCCAGGAAUCCCUGCUGCAGCAGAAGCUAGAGGAGCUGCAGGCCCGGGAGCAGGAGUUGCAGUUGGGCGAGCAGCGUGUCCAGUCGCUGGAGCGCCAGCUGCAGGAGAAACUCAUCCAGCAGGAGAAGCACACCUGCAGUUGCAGACAACCAAUUGCUCCGCCCAUUCCGCCCAGGAAGCCAGUGAAGUCGCAUCACGAUGACACCUACUGCACCAUCGAACUGAAUGAGACAUCGCCGACGGUGGCCAAACUCAAUUUGGCCACACUGCCGGCUCCCAAGUCCCUGAAUACUCUGCGCAAGGUAACGUUCCAAUCGCCCCAGAAGUUUGUCACCUAUGGGAUUGAGAACAUGCCCCCUUCGGUGGCUAAUCCGACAGUGAAUCCCACGCCCGCUGCCGUUCCCAUGCAGAUGAGUGUGUCCAGCAAUGAUUCCGGUGACAGCCAAGCCUCCUCCACCCGCAGGAAAUCGAUUCUCUCCCUUUUCGGCCUGAGUCGCGGGUCCAAGGCGGCCUCCAAAUCCCUGCCAGCGGUGAAUCAAGUUCCCCAGGCCGCUCCAGCUCGACUCCAGCGACCACCUUUGGCCCUUAAGCCACCAGUUACGCAGGAACAGCCGGCAGUAGCUCCUCCGGUGGCCAAUCUCUGGACCAAGGAGCAGAAGAAACAAGCCUUCGAGCUGCUGGCGGCCAUGAAUGCGGCGGAGAGGGAGGCGGGCGGAGGAGGAGCAGCCGGCGGAUGCGGGCCCGGGGGAGCUCGGCGCCAGCAUCUGCGGCAAUCGGUGAGGGAGCGGAACUCCACGCUCCAGCGGAAUCGCAUGCGACGAUCUCUGGUGGUGCCCAGUGGCCAUCAGAAGCUAUCAACGCGCGACCAGAUGGUGAUCUAAGCGGUCGACGGGAGAUUGUGGAGUCCAGCAGCCAUGGCAACCAUGGAAACUACGAGCGUUGUGAUGUGGAAUAAGUUCCGUAAUAUAUAUUCCUCUUUUUUUUAUACACAUUUUUUUUAAUUGCCAUAUUUUGCAAGCGUAUUAUUAGCAGUAAGAUUUGUCCUUUUUUCGCUGCCAUUCAUUGUGCAAUUUGCAUUAGUUUUACAAACAAGUCUAGCUCUUA